CAGGACUCCCGGCCACCCCUCCCAGUCCUACAGGCCACCUCGCUCAGUCCCACAACAGUCGAACACUGGCCCUCGCUGCCCCUGUUCCCGGUUGGAAGUAUACCUGAAGGAACAGGUGAUGGUAGACAUUCGGCUGGAAAGUCGCUUAUAAACGUGACUUUAUCACGGCUAAGUCAGUUUCUGUUCAGGAAGCAGUCCAAGCAAGAUGAUUUCUCUACCCAUGGUUUAUGGCUUUGUCAUUCCUCUUGCUGCAGCAUUCGUCGUCCUGUUCAUCGUUUCUGCGUACAGAUUCUAUAGGAAAAAGGAAACGACCGAUGAUUCUCGUCCCAUAGAAGUGAACUCAAAAACUCCUUACUUCAUGGCCUCGCCGUUCUCGUCUCCGGCCUUCACGCCCUUUGGAUCAACUCUGAAGGAGAAUGGCGAUAGUAACACGUCUAAUAUCUCAAGGAAGAAUAUACGGGUUAUGUACAGUCCCAAUUCCGCAACGGCCAAGGAUAGAUUGAACGAAGCCCAGCUGACAGCGACGAGCCCGGUUCUGGCAGCGGCCCUGGAGGACGUCCUUCGUCUGAGUCGAGAGGUCUUCGAGCUGAAGAACGCCCGUGCUUCACUGAGACAGUUGCAAACACCGUCUCGCAAAGGAUGCAGCUCCUUCACUGAUGAAGAGUCUCCUCUGGACUCGGUUUUGGCACUUGCUUCGCCGUCGCCUGACUAUCGCCAAGGCGCUGAAGAUCCUACGAAGGAGCAGUGGACAGAGAUCGAUCUAGGGGACACUUCUAGUACGGCCGUUUGGGUUCGAACGGAUUCUAUAACUUUUGUAUAAUAUAUAUAGAAUAAAGGUCUGAAUUUCAGAUUUC